AGGUGACACCACAGACUCCUUGCGAGUCACAUGACUCCAGUCUAGCGCGUAGAUCGCACUGCGGCUCCCGCCCGGGCGAGUUUUGCCUCCGCGCGGCCGUUGCCGAGGAGACGGCGCAUGUCUCGCCGCGCGUCGCCCCCUCUGCAGUCCCCCCGCCCCUCUUCUCCCACCACAAUGAGAUCCUAAGAUGGCGGUGGCUGCGGCGGUUGGCGCCGAGUAGCUGAGGUAGACAAGGCGGCCAUUGGGCCUUAGGCAGCCCGGGAACCCGGGGACUCUCCCUGCUGCGGUCUCUAAGGGAGGACCGCUGCCGGUGGCGGGUCGUGGGGGCUGACCGCUACUCAGUCCUUGGCAGGAGCGGCUGCUUCGUUUACAGACAACAGCUUUGAAGUGUGAAGCAGGAAAGGAACCGUUUCUAAGCUGCAAAAACUAGUUUCUAAACAGGUGUCUAAAAUUAUUUGAAACAUUAGUUUAUGUGCACAGUGCAUUGUCAAAUGCUGGUUGUGUAAAGAUAUUCUCUGACCAGCAGAAAAAAGUCAAUAAAAUUAAUUAUAAAAGCCAGUAUGGCCACAGGAGGAGGUCCUUUUGAAGAAGGCAUGAAUGACCAGGAUUUACCAAGCUGGAGCAAUGAGAGUGUUGAUGACCGACUCAACAAUAUGGAUUGGGGUGGCCAGCAGAAGAAGGCAAAUAGAUCAUCAGAAAAGAAUAAAAAGAAGUUUGGUGUAGAAAGUGAUAAAAGAGUAACUAAUGAUAUUUCUCCGGAAUCAUCACCGGGAAUGGGAAGGCGAAGAACAAAGACUCCACAUACGUUUCCACACAGCAGAUACAUGACUCAGAUGUCUGUCCCCGAGCAGGCGGAAUUAGAGAAACUGAAACAGCGGAUAAACUUCAGUGAUUUAGAUCAGAGAAGUAUUGGAAGUGAUUCUCAAGGUAGAGCAACAGCUGCUAACAACAAACGUCAGCUUAGUGAAAACCGAAAGCCCUUCAACUUUUUGCCUAUGCAGAUUAAUACUAACAAAGGCAAAGAUGCUGCUCCCAGUCCUCAAAAGAGAGAAAUGGUAGGAUCAGCACAGUGUAAAGAGUUGUUUGCUUCUGCUUUGAGUAAUGACCUUUUGCAAAACUGUCAAGUCUCUGAAGAAGAUGGGAGAGGAGAACCUACAAUGGAGAGCAGCCAGAUUGUAAGCAGGCUUGUUCAGAUUCGUGACUAUAUUACUAAAGCUAGUUCCAUGCGGGAAGAUCUUGUAGAGAAAAAUGAGAGAUCUGCUAAUGUUGAGCGCCUUACACAUCUAAUAGAUCACCUUAAGGAACAAGAAAAGUCAUAUAUGAAAUUUCUCCAAAAAAUCCUUGCUAGAGAAAAUGAGGAGGAGGAUGUUCGGACUGUAGAUUCAGCUGUGGGAUCUGGUUCUGUAGCUGAGAGCACAUCGCUAAACAUAGAUGUGCAGUCUGAGGCUUCAGAUACCACGGCCAGAGAUCCUCAGCAGGAACCUAUGGAAGAGAUAGAAAAUUUGAAGAAACAGCAUGAUUUGUUAAAAAGGAUGUUGCAGCAGCAGGAGCAACUGAGAGCUCUGCAGGGACGACAAGCUGCUCUUCUUGCUCUGCAGCAUAAAGCAGAGCAAGCUAUUGCUGUGAUGGAUGACUCUGAAAAAGUUGCAGGGACAACUCCUGGCCAUCAUUCUGUGCCGUGCAGACAGCCAGCUCGCUCUCCUUUUCAUCAGAGAGUACCCUUAAGAGUUGUAACAGAAACUACAGGUAGCCUAUCUGGAGUUAGUAUCACAUCUGAGCUAAAUGAAGAAUUGAAUGAUUUAAUUCAGCGUUUUCAUAAUCAGCUUCGUGAUUCUCAGCCUCCAGCUGUUCCAGACAAUAGAAGACAGGCAGAAAGUCUUUCAUUAACUAGGGAGGUUUCUCGGAGCAGAAAUCCAUCUGUUUCAGAACAGUUACCUGAUGAGAAAGUCCAACUUUUUAGCAAAAUGAGAGUGUUACAAGAAAAGAAACAAAAAAUGGACAAACUGCUUGGAGAACUUCAUACACUUCGAGAUCAGCAUCUGAACAAUUCGUCAUUUGUGCCUUCUUCAGCCUCUCCACAAAGGAGCGUGGAUCAGAGAAGUACAACCUCAGCUCCCUCUGCUCCUGUAGGCUUAACACCAGUUGUCAAUGGAGAAUCCAAUAGCCUCACGUCAUCUGUUCCUUUUCCUGCUACUUCUCUAGUUUCUCAGAAUCAGAGUGAAAAUGAAGGCCACCUAAAUCCAACUGAAAAACUCCAGAAGUUAAAUGAAGUUCGAAAGAGAUUGAAUGAACUAAGAGAAUUAGUUCAUUAUUAUGAACAGACAUCAGAUAUGAUGACAGAUGCUGUAAAUGAAAACACGAAAGAUGAAGAAACUGAAGAGUCAGAAUAUGAUUCUGAGCAUGAAAAUUCUGAACCUGUUACUAACAUUAGAAAUCCACAAGUAGCUGCCAACUGGAAUGAAGUAAAUAGUAAUUCUAAUGCACAGUGUCUUUCUAAUAAUAGAGAUGGUAGAUCAGUUAAUUCUAAUUGUGAAAUUAACAACAGAUCAGCCAACAUAAGGGCUCUAAAUGUGGCUCCGUCUUUAGCAGAUUGUAGAUAUAAUAGAGAAGGAAAACAAGGGAUUCAUGUGGCACAAGGUGAAGAUGAUGAAGAAGAGGAAGAAGCAGAAGAUGAGGCUGCCAGUGGAGCCUCAUUAUCCAGUCAUAGGAGUAGUCUGGUGGAUGAGACUCCUGAAGAUGCUGAAUUUGAACAGAAGAUCAAUAGACUUAUGGCUGCAAAACAGAAACUUAGACAGUUACAAGAUCUUGUUGCUAUGGUACAGGAUGAUGAUGCAGCAGAUCAAGGAGUUAUCUCUGCCAAUACUUCAAAUUUGGAUGAUUUCUAUCCAGAAGAAGACACCAAACAAAAUGCAAAUAACACUAGAGGCAAUGCCAAUAAAAUACAGAAAGAUGCUGGAGUAAAUGAAAAGGCAAGAGAGAAAUUUUAUGAGGCUAAACUACAGCAGCAACAGAGAGAGCUCAAACAGUUGCAGGAAGAAAGGAAGAAACUGAUUGAGAUUCAAGAGAAAAUUCAAGCAUUGCAAAAGGCAUGUCCUGACCUGCAGCUAUCAGCCACUAGUGCAGGUAAUUGUCCCACAAAAAAAUAUAUGCCAGCUGUUACUUCAACCCCAGCUGUUAAUGAAAAUGAAACCAGUACCAGCAAAUCUGUUUUUGAGCCUGAAGAUUCUUCAGUAGUCGAUAAUGAGUUGUGGUCAGAAAUGCGAAGACAUGAAAUGUUAAGGGAAGAGCUGCGACAGAGGAGAAAGCAGCUUGAAGCUUUGAUGGCUGAACAUCAGAGGAGGCAAGGCCUAGCUGAAACUGCAUCUCCAGUGGCUGUUUCAUUGAGAAGUGAUGGAUCUGAGAACCUGUGUACACCUCAACAAAGUAGAACAGAAAAAACAAUGGCAACUUGGGGAGGUUCUACCCAGUGUGCACUAGAUGAAGAAGGAGAUGAAGAUGGUUACCUUUCUGAAGGGGUUGUUCGAACAGAUGAGGAGGAGGAAGAGGAAGAACAAGAUGCCAGUUCCAAUGAUAACUUCUCUAUGUAUCCUCCUAACGGUGCAAAUCGUAACUCUUACAAUGUAAAGGAAACUAAAAAUAGGUGGAAGAACAAUCGCCCAUUUUCAGCAGAUGGACAUUAUCGUCCUCUAGCUAAGACAAGGCAACAGAAUAUCAGCAUGCAACGUCAGGAGAACCUUCGUUGGGUGUCAGAGCUCUCUUAUGUAGAAGAGAAAGAACAGUGGCAAGAACAAAUUAAUCAGCUAAAGAAACAACUUGAUUUCAGUGUUAAUAUUUGUCAGACUUUGAUGCAAGACCAGCAGACUCUGUCUUGUCUGCUGCAAACCCUUCUCACAGGCCCCUACAGUGUCAUGCCCAGCAACGUUGCAUCUCCUCAAGUACACCUGAUAAUGCACCAGCUGAACCAGUGCUAUACCCAGCUAACGUGGCAACAGAAUAACGUCCAAAGGUUGAAACAAAUGCUCAAUGAACUUAUGCGCCAGCAAAAUCAGCAUCCAGAAAAGCCUGGAAGCAAGGACAGAGGCAGUGGUGCAUCACACCCUCCUUCUCCUGGGUUAUUUUGUCCUUUCAGCUUCCCAGCACAGCCUGUAAAUCUGUUUAACCUGCCAGGGUUUACUAAUUUUUCAUCGUUUGCACCAGGUAUGAAUUUCAGCCCUUUAUUUCCUUCUAAUUUUGGAGAUUUUUCUCAGAAUACUUCUACACCCACUGAACAGCAGCAACCAUUAGCCCAGAAUCCUUCAGGGAAAACAGAAUACAUGGCUUUUCCAAAACCUUUUGAAAGCAGUUCUUCUGUUGGAGCAGAAAAACAAAGGAAUCAAAAACAGCCUGAAGAGGAGGUGGAGAACAGUAGGACACCGUGGUUAUAUGACCAAGAAGGUGAAGUAGAAAAACCAUUUGUUAAGACUGGAUUUACAGUGUCUGUAGAGAAAACAACAAAUAGUAAUCGCAAAAAUCAAUUAGACACCAGCAGGAGAAGACGCCAGUUUGAUGAAGAGUCAUUAGAAAGCUUUAGCAGUAUGCCUGAUCCAGUAGAUCCAACAACAGUAACUAAAACAUUCAAGACAAGAAAAGCAUCUGCGCAGGCCAGCCUGGCAUCUAAAGAUAAAACUCCCAAAGCAAAGAGUAAGAAGAGGCAUUCUACUCAGCUGAAAAGCAGAGUUAAAAAUAUUGGGUAUGAAAGUGCCAGUAUGUCUAGCACAUGUGAACCUUGCAAAAGUAGGAACAGACAUUCAGCCCAGACUGAAGAGCCUGUUCAAGCAAAAGUGUUCAGCAGAAAGAAUCAUGAACAGCUGGAAAAAGUAAUAAAAUACAGUAGGUCUACAGAAAUAUCUUCAGCACAUGCUAGGAGAAUACUACAGCAGUCUAACAGAAAUGCAUGCAAUGAAGCGCCAGAAACGGGGAGUGAUUUUUCCAUGUUUGAAGCUUUGCGUGAUACCAUUUAUUCUGAAGUAGCUACGCUGAUUUCUCAAAAUGAGUCUCGUCCACAUUUUCUUAUUGAGCUCUUCCAUGAGCUUCAGCUACUUAAUACGGACUACUUGAGACAGAGGGCUUUAUAUGCAUUGCAGGACAUAGUAUCCAGACAUAUUUCUGAGAACCAUGAAAAAGAAGGGGAAAAUGGAAAGUCGGUGAAUUCUGGAACUUGGAUAGCAUCCAACUCAGAACUUACUCCCAGUGAAAGCCUUGCUACAACUGACGAUGAAACUUUUGAGAAGAACUUUGAGAGAGAAACGCAUAAAAUAAGUGAGCAAAAUGAUGCUGAUAAUGCUAGCGUCAUGUCUGUAUCUUCAAAUUUUGAGCCUUUUGCGACAGAUGAUCUAGAAAUAUUUGUUCCAUAUACAGGUAACACUGUGAUUCACUUAGAUCAAGCAUUAGCCAGGAUGAGAGAAUAUGAGCGUAUGAAGACUGAAGCUGAAAGUAACACAAAUAUCAGAUGUACCUGCAGGAUUAUUGAGGAUGAAGAUGGUGCUGCUGCUACAACUACGGUUAAUAAUUUAGAAGAAACUCCUAAUCCUGAAAAUCAUAGUUCACAACAACCUGUAAGUGAAGUUUCUACCAUCCCUUGUCCCAGAAUUGAUACUCAGCAGCUGGACCGGCAGAUUAAAGCAAUUAUGAAAGAAGUCAUUCCUUUUUUGAAGGAGCACAUGGAUGAAGUAUGUUCUUCUCAACUUCUAACCUCAGUAAGACGCAUGGUUUUGACCCUUACCCAGCAAAACGAUGAAAGCAAAGAGUUUGUAAAGUUCUUUCAUAAACAACUUGGAAGUAUAUUACAGGAUUCACUGGAAAAAUUUGCUGGCAGAAAACUGAAAGAUUGUGGAGAAGAUCUUCUUGUAGAGAUAUCUGAAGUGUUAUUUAAUGAAUUGGCCUUCUUUAAGCUCAUGCAAGAUUUGGAUAAUAAUAGUAUAACUGUUAAACAGAGAUGCAAAAGGAAAAUAGAAGCAGCUGGAGUGAUACAGUCUUAUGCCAAAGAGGCCAAAAGGAUUCUUGAAGGAGAUCAUGGCUUACCUGCUGGAGAAAUUGAUGAUGAAAACAAAGACAAGGAUAAGACUGAAACAGUUAAGCAGACUCAAACAUCUGAGGUUUAUGAUGGUGACGGUCCCAAAAAUGUGAGAUCUGAUGUUUCUGAUCAAGAGGAAGAUGAAGAAAGUGAAGAGUGUCCAGUGUCUAUUAAUUUAUCCAAAGCUGAAACUCAGGCUUUGACUAAUUAUGGAAGUGGAGAAGAUGAGAAUGAAGAUGAGGAAAUAGAAGAGUUUGAAGAGGGACCUGUAGAUGUCCAGACUUCACUUCAGGCUAACACUGAAACCACAGAAGAAAAUGAGCACGACGACCAGGUUCCACAACAUGACUUUGAAGAAUCAACAGAAAGCAAAAAUGUCCCAUCAGAACAAGAACCCACUACUAGUAAAGAUGACCAGGAUAGCACUCCUGUGAAACCCUGUUACCUCAAUAUCGUGGAAAAUGAGCAACAUUUAAAUAGUGCUGUCCAAAAGGACUCACUCACUACCAUCGAUGCAUCUAAACAGCCUAACCCUUUACCUUUACCUUUAACUGAAAUUGAAACCUUGGUGCCUAGAGUCAAAGAAGUUAAAUCUGCUCAGGAGACUCCUGAAAGCUCUUUGGCUGGAAGUCCUGAUACUGAAUCUCCAGUGUUAGUGAAUGACUAUGAAGCAGAAUCUGGUAACCUAAGUCAAAAAUCUGAUGAAGAAGACUUCGUGAAAGUUGAAGAUUUACCGCUUAAACUGACAAUAUAUUCUGAGGCAGAUCUAAGGAAGAAAAUGGUAGAAGAAGAACAGAAAAACCAUUUAUCUGGUGAAAUAUUAUGUCAAAUGCAGACUGAAGAAUUAGCUGGGAAUUCUCAGACUCUAAAAGAACCAGAAACAGUGGGAGCCCACAGUAUAUGAGAUGUCUUCAGAGGCUCAUCUAACUCUCUCUUUACAUAGUCAAUGCGUAUAUGAAAAUGGCACUAAAUAAACGUGUUCUGAUCUGUAUAAAAAUGUAAAUUAGUUUGACACUGCAUUUUUAAUAGGUGUGCUAAUCUCUGCCCAUGGCAGUUUAAAACAUCAAAAACUGAAUUCUGGACAGAUUCCAGCCUUGAUACACUGUGGGUUUUUUUGUUUUUCUUUCAUUUUUUUAAGUCUGGAUUUUUUUUUUCCCCAUUGCGAUGUUUGGUAACGUUAAAUUUAAAAUGUAGUUUCAAAUAAAGUUUGGACUUACCUGUAAA